AUGGAUCCUUGUUCAGACUCUUUUCAGAACUUGGAAGAACCGGACGACCGUAUUGUUCGUCAACUAGUUCUUGACUACUUAAUUCAUAAUUGUUAUGGUGAAACUGCCAGGAUUUUCUUAAAAGACAGCCAGGACUUAAAUAUAACGUCCAAAAAAGAAAUCCUUUUUACCAAUGGUUUCUCUCAAAACGGUUCAAAUGAUACUGUUCCAAUGGAUACGGGUGAAACCGACGCUGACGGAGAUCUUGAAAUGAUUGAUUCAAAUGAAGAUUUUGUUCAUGUUAAUUCUACAGACAAUUCUUUAUUUACCAUGUCUAAAACUUCAAAGUUCUUACCUGCAUUGAAAAACAAACGACUUUCCAAUAUUAAGCUUUGCUCUAAAUCUGCUUUAGAAAGUUUGGAAAUUCGAAAACAGAUACGCGAGUUUAUAAUAUCUGGUGAUAUUGCCUCCGCUUUAUCGUUAUGCCGAACUACAUUUCCGGAAGUGGUAUCCACCGAAGAAGGUAAUCAUCUAACAACUCCACGUUCUACCGAAAUGUGCUUCAAACUCCAAUUACAGCAAUUUAUAGAGACCGUGCGCUCUGGAAAUUUCGACGAGGCUUUAACAUUUGCUCGAUCUGUAUUGGCUGAGUAUCCAUCGCUUGGAGGUGAAAAUGAGCAAAAGUAUCGUGAUGAAUUUGAGAAAGUGAGCCCGUUAAUUGCAUAUGAGAAUCCGGAAUCUUCACCUUCUGCUCCAUUAUUGUCUCAGGAACAUCGUGAUAAGUUGGCUGACGAAAUCAACAGUGCUAUACUCUCUAUUGAUAGCCAAAUGAACGAAUCUGCACUUGAAAGACUUAUAAAGCAAGCGAUAGUA